GUACCUCUAGGCCGAUUAGGAACACCAAGCGAUUGUGCGGGAACUGUUGCGUUUCUGGUUUCUGACGAUGCUCGAUACAUCACCGGAGAGACUGUACUCAUCGCCGGUGGAGUGCAAGCAAGAUUGUAA